AUGCUUUUUUCACAAACCAUCAGCCUAAUUUUCUUGCUCGCCCCCUCUGUUUUGGCAGAAAAAUAUGACAAAAUCACGCCUGACUUUGUUAAAACUGUCACUUCUCUCAAAUUUGGCGUUGACUGUGGGACACAUGUUUACACCGAUCUCCAGCUGAAAAAACUAGCCUUUAGCUCGCUGAGAACUGAAAGACUAGUCAAAUAUUGCACCCUAAAAUCUGGGUGUUUCAAGAAGCUCGACUACCGCAAGAAAUAUAUGAGCUAUGUCCAAAACUCUUACUUCCCUAUAGAAUCAUAUUACAUACGCGUCCGUUCAACUGGCGGUAUUCUAAAAGGAAGAUUUGCAAAGAACAACAUAAUUGUCGUAGCGAACGAUGGGACUAUCCAAGGUGUUCUAACCACUAAAGACAAGGCUUGGGUUAACUGCCCAAACCGUGAGAAGGUCGGAACCAUCAGUGAAGCGCAAAGACUAGACUUACUCAAGACGGAGCAAAAGAUAAAAUCUCAGAGUAGUGCUAAACCCGCCGACGGCGUCAAAAUCGCUCAAACCGCAGAAAUGGCAAAGAUCUAUCCCGCUGAAUCGGAUGAGAAAUCUUCAGUUCCUCGCGGCACUUCCAGCCCUCGCGGUGCUUCUAGCCCCCGCGCUGCUGAGAAAUCGGCCCAGGAUAACGUUCCAACUGACCCCAGCACUUCGGGAUCAAAUGAGUAG